GAUCAUUGAGGUGCAAACGAUCUCUAGGGACCGCGCCCCUAGGCAUGACACGACACUCCCACGUGAGCAGGCAGUCCCUAAAUCAGUCGUCCUGCAUCAAAGCUCCUGAAUCUUUGUCAAUCUCAAUCUCAUGCUUCAUUUCCAAAGCUCGUGAACCUUUUUCGUUCGAAACUGCCCAGCUCGCCUCUCGACGACCCGUCCCGCGGUCGUCGUCGCCAUCGUGAUGAUGUCGAGAGCGGACUUGGCGUCGAGGCCACUCGGACGCGCCCUCCGCCGUCUGCUGCCCGCGUUGUUGUUGCUCGCCUUCACGGCGCCGCACAAUGCUUCUGCUCAGUCCUAUUUCUCCGCACGCCUGGAGGAUGGCGAGGCGCGGGCGGCCAUUUUUUACAGCAUCAACCCGCCGGCGAGCCCAGGGGCCGGCAUGAUUGUCGCCUACCGCUUCUUCACGGCUCUCCCCUCCAGUGGCCCGCCGGCGGCUCUCUCCUUCGUGAAUACCACCGUCCCGGGAUGCGACCCGGCCAAGUGUGGCCUUGCUCCCUCCAUCACAUGGCGGCCGGCCGGUGUGCCAUCCGUCUACGAGAGCUACAACGGGAUAUUUCAGAGCGCGCCAUGGUUCGACUCGAACCUUUACAAUGUGUUCCUGAAGAUUUUGGCGGGUAAUUACCCGAGGGUGUCGAUGACGUACAGCGACCCGCGGACGGGCGGCCUGCACACGGCGGUCUCGGAGCCGUUCAAAGCGACCACGUUCUCGACAUAUGGCAUUGGCAUCCCCAUGACCAGCCUCGUCUACAACUUCAACGUCCGCUUCUCCUCCUACAUGCCCGGCGGUGCCAACAUCUCCCUCUCCCAAUCUGCUGAUGGCUUCACCUUCCGCCUGGAUUACACCUAUCUUGUGGUGGCGCCCACAGAAGUGCCCGCUGCGGUCCGCCUCGUCAUCUACUACGAGAACGCUCCAGCCACCUCAACUGCUUCCACUGCUUCCACCUCCCGCCGCCGCCUGCUGAGCCUCCAGCCGGCCUCCCCUGCCGGGGCUGUGGAGAGCGGCAGCACGGACAAGCCGUCGCCGGAGGAGGUGAAGAGGCUCAAGGAGGAGGCACGGAAGGUGAGGGAGGCGGCGAUUGCCAAGAGGGAGGCGGAUAAGAAGGCACGGGCAGAGGCUAUUGCGAAGCGGGAAGCGGAGAAGAAAGCGAGAGAGGAGGCGAAGAGGGCAAGGGAAGAGGCGAAGAAGGCACGGGCGGAAGCAAUAGCCAAGAGGGAGGCAGAGAAGAAAGCUAGGGAGGAAGCGAAGAAGGCAAGGGAUGAGGCGAAGAAGGCUAAGGAAGAGGCGAUUGCGAAGAGGGAGACUGAGAAGAAGGCGAAGCAGGAGGCGAAGGACAAGUUGGUGAAAGACAAGGAGUCGCCACCUCCACCGCUGCCAUCAUCGCCAUCACCCUCUCUCCCGUCCCCGCCCCCAUCCCCUCCCCCGUCUCCACCAUCCCCCCCCCCAUCUCCACCCCCAUCCUCACCUUCCCCCCCACCAUCCCCACCCCCAUCCCCACCCCCAUCCCCGCCCCCUUCCCCACCCCCAUCCCCACCAUCCCCGCCCCCAUCUCCUCCCCCAUCCCCACCACCAUCCCCACCCCCUCCUCCCCCUGCUGCUCCCACCAUCUCAUCCGUGUCCUUCCAAUUCGGCGGCUCCGCCCCGUGCCCCGCCGGCAGCACAGACUGCCCAAUCUUCUUCGCCAUGAUUGGCGCACAGCAGUUCUUCUUCUCGCCCGCAUGGGGCUUCCCCACGCAGGCAGCGCGCGAGGCGGACCCGCGGUAUGUGGGGCUGAAUGCGCUCAUGCAGUAUGCGCUCACAGGCGUGAAGGGGCGGCUGGUGAAUGCGAGCGUGCAACUAGUUGCGGCAGACAGUGGGAAGGGACCCAAUGACCCGCUACAGCGCAUCUAGGGUAGAUUGUUGGGGCGCCUAAAAGAUGGGGCGACUCGUGAACAUGAGCAUGCAGCUGGUAGUUGCGGCAGUGGCAAUGGAACAAAUGAUACGGUGUUGGUCUCAAUUUACAGGCGUUGAGACACAUCCUGUAAUUUUGCUUGUGUGAUGCGUGGGUUUUGUUUUGGCUUGUGCGUUGAGGAUAAUAAAUCAUGUAUGUUUUUGUAAGGUAACUUGA